CUCCUUGGGUUUAAGGGCACGGGUUUCACGCUCUCUGAGCACUUUAUGUCCCAGAACAGCAGGAGAGGGUCUCUGUUUCUCCAUUGUUCCUGAAGAUACACCCGAAGAGGAGCACACAUCACAUCACUUCCACAGCGCGUCCAACAUUUUUUGAGGAAACAUGGCACUUGCAGGACACCUGAAGAAAGAUGACAUUGCUGCUGCCAUCCAGGCUUGUCAAGCCCCAGGGACUUUCAACUACCAGACGUUCUUUGAACAUGUGGGCCUGACAGGUAAAGCUGCUUCAGACGGGGAGAAGGUGUUCAAGGCCCUGGACCAGGACAAGAGCGGAUACAUUGAGAAAGAGGAGCUGAAACGCUUCCUCCAGAACUUCUGCCCGAAGGCCAGAGAGCUCACAGAGGUGGAGACCAACACUCUCCUGGCCGCUGGCGACGGUGACGGAGAUGGCAAAAUCGGCAUGGAAGAAUUCUGCGCCUUGCUGAAAUGAAAAUGAAUGUCUUUGCAGACUUGAACUUCAUUUCAUGAUUCUCCCUUAUUUAUUUGUAUGCAUUAGCCUAUCUGGGAUUGUUUUUUUAAUGUGAGUUGCUUAUUAAAAUAUGUUUAGCAAGUCUUUGUAGUAAAUGUGCAAAAUUGGGAAUACAUCAAAAUUUGCUUCUGUAACUAGUGAUCUUGGAAUAUGUGAAACUGCUGAAUAAAAUGAAGUCUCUAAAUACAGGA